CGUUGAAAGUUCAAAGCUUAUUUUAAAACGCACAAACAUAGGCAGCAGCAAGCUUACUUAGCAAAACAAAAAAUCGGAUCUUUUUCUGAUUCACGGUUUUUGUUAUUAUUUAGUCUUUCUGAAAUAAAUCGGAAACAUUAACUUUUCUAAUAAAUAUAGUUCAGAAUUACGAUGAGUGCACCUACUUUUAAUGAUGCAACUGAUGAAGAACAGUAUCAAGAUCUUCGCAGCUAUUUGAAAAGUCUUGGAGGCAGUAUUUCAGAGGAGAAUUCAGAUGAAGGAUUUCUGGCUGAUUUGGAAGAUGUGAUUGGCUGUUGCGAAUUAUGCCUUCAUGAAGCAAAUGAAGCUGAUGCAGAAUGUACUUUAAACAGCAUUGUUUCCCUCCUUAUAAUGGUUCCACAAACUGAGAGUGAACCACUUGUUCACACAUUUUGCGAAAAGCUUACUAAAGCACCUUCCUCAAAAAUGGCUGCAGUAUGUCUGAAAGUGUUGCAAAAUUUAUUUGCUGGUAUAGGAGAAAAUUCUCUCCUGUGUUAUGAUGUCUAUUGCAGCUUGGUUCAAGUAGCUGGACAAACUGAUAGCAUUCACAUGGUGUUUAAAGAUUUAAGUAAAUGAGUUGGCUGCCAAAGUAAUGAUUGAAUUGCUUGGAACUUACACUGAAGACAAUGCUUCUCAAGCUAGAGAUGAUGCUCAUAAGUGUAUUGUGACCUCCCUUGGUGAUCCCAAUACAUUUUUAAUGGACCACCUACUGGCCCUGAAACCUGUGCGUUUCCUGGAAGGUGAAUUAAUUCAUGAUUUGCUCACCAUAUUUGUGUCAGAAAAACUUUCAUCCUACCUGACUUUUUAUUCUGUCAACAAAGAUUUUGUGAACUCUUUAGGUAAGAAUUUUCUUUUUAUAUUUUUAUUUGUAGUUUUACGUACAAAAUUAGUCCGGGCAAAGAUGGAUGAACUUCAGCAGCGUGUUCUCGUCAGCUCUACAAUGCACAGAACUUUUGGCAAACCCCAGUGGCAACAGUUGAGGGAGAUUUUAAUCCGAUGGCAGAAUGACCUCAGUUUAGUUCAGUCUCAGAUGCAUACAGUUGUGAGAGCUGCUUAUGACAACUCAACCAAUGUACAAGCUUAGAAAUUUAUAAAUAAAUAUUCUCUCUCUUA